AUGUGAGGAGUGGCUGAAGGUCGCACCAGGAGGAAGUUGCACGUUUAACAGGGCUCCUUCAAAACACAUUGUUAACGGACAGGGCUGCAGCCUGCCAUCCAUCCCAUUCAUCCUAUUGUCAGUGCUUCUACUCAACCAGCAAAAUGUCAGCGGUCGAUUUGGAAAAGCUCCGGAUGUCAGGAGCUGGCAAAGCAAUAGCAGUGCUGACCAGCGGAGGUGAUGCACAAGGUAUGAAUGCUGCUGUUCGUGCAGUUACCCGCAUGGGUAUAUAUGUUGGAGCUAAAGUAUUUCUUAUAUAUGAGGGAUAUGAAGGACUGGUUGAAGGAGGAGACUGCAUAAAACAGGCGAAUUGGCUCAGUGUGUCAAAUAUAAUCCAAAUGGGUGGCACCAUUAUUGGAAGUGCUAGGUGCAAGACAUUCACUACUCGAGAAGGUCGUCUGUCUGCGGCCUAUAAUCUUGUUCAACAUGGAAUAACCAACUUGUGCGUCAUUGGUGGUGAUGGCAGUUUAACGGGAGCCAACAUCUUUCGAAAAGAGUGGGGUGGCUUGCUUGAAGACCUGGUUAAAGAGGAAAAAAUUACUGAAGAUGUUGCUCAGAAAUACUCUCACUUAAAUAUCGUUGGGCUUGUGGGAUCCAUCGACAAUGAUUUCUGUGGCACUGAUAUGACAAUUGGGACAGAUUCUGCACUACAUCGAAUUAUGGAAGUUAUUGAUGCAAUCACUACUACUGCUCAAAGCCAUCAACGGACAUUUGUGCUGGAGGUGAUGGGAAGACAUUGUGGGUAUUUAGCGCUGGUUUCUGCCUUGGCAUCGGGUGCUGAUUGGCUCUUUAUUCCUGAGUGCCCUCCUGAGGAAGGUUGGGAAGACUUCAUGUGUGCACGACUUGGAGAGACUCGAAGCAGAGGAUCAAGACUCAACAUUAUAAUUAUUGCUGAAGGCGCAAUUGACCGAAAUGGACAGUUGAUUUCUUCUAACUACGUGAAAGAUCUGGUUGUUCAGCGUUUGGGAUUUGACACCCGUGUGACAGUUCUUGGGCACGUCCAGCGAGGUGGUACACCAUCUGCAUUUGACCGUGUCUUAAGUAGUAAAAUGGGUAUGGAAGCUGUUAUUGCGUUGAUGGAGGCCACACCUGAAACACCAGCUUGUGUCGUAAGCUUGUCUGGAAACCAGUCUGUUCGCCUGCCAUUGAUGGAAUGUGUUCAAGUGACAAAGGAUGUGCAAAAAGCUAUGGAUGAAAAAAAAUUUGAUGAAGCAAUCCAACUGAGAGGAAGGAGUUUUGAAAAUAAUUGGAAUAUUUACAAGCUCCUUGCCCACCAGAAACCAGCUGAAGUGAAGAGUAAUUUCGGCAUGGCAAUUUUAAAUGUUGGUGCACCUGCUGCGGGAAUGAAUGCUGCUGUUCGAUCAGCAGUACGAGUUGGGAUUUCACAUGGACAUACGGUGUACGUUGUAAAUGAUGGGUUUGAGGGCUUGGCAAAAGGACAGAUUACAGAAAUAAGUUGGUUUGGAGUUGCUGGCUGGCUUGGCCGGGGUGGUUCAAUGUUGGGGACUAAACGAACUCUUCCAAAGACUUGCAUGCUGCAGAUUGUGGAGAAUGUUAGAAAAUAUAAUAUUCAUGCCCUUCUGGUUAUUGGUGGAUUUGAGGCUUAUGAAGGAGUGUUACAGCUUGUUGAAGCAAGGGGGCAAUAUGAAGAACUUUGCAUUGUCAUGUGUGUAAUUCCAGCAACCAUUAGUAACAAUGUACCUGGGACUGACUUCAGCAUUGGUUCUGAUACUGCCGUUAACGCAGCUAUGGAGAGCUGUGACCGCAUCAAACAGUCUGCUUCAGGAACAAAGCGCCGUGUGUUUAUUGUGGAGACCAUGGGUGGGUACUGUGGCUACCUUGCUACAGUGACCGCAAUUGCUGUUGGUGCAGACGCUGCUUACAUAUUUGAGGAUAAGUUCAAUAUUCAUGAUCUGAAGUCAAAUGUGGAACACUUAACCGAUAAAAUGAAGACCGAUAUUCAAAGAGGACUUGUGCUUAGGAAUGAAAAAUGCCAUGACUACUACACCACAGAGUUUCUACAUAACCUUUACUCAGCUGAAGGCAAAGGAAUUUUUGAUUGUCGAACAAAUGUUCUUGGUCACCUACAGCAGGGUGGAGCCCCCACUGCCUUUGAUCGUAAUUAUGGCACUAAGCUUGGUGUGAAAGCAGUUCAGUGGAUUACAGACAAGCUCCAUGAAUCAUAUCGUAGGGGCCGCGUGUUUGCAAAUUCUGAAGAUACUGCCUCUGUUAUAGGACUUAAGAAGAAAGUUGUGGCCUUCACCUCUGUUAGUGAAUUAAAAAAAGUGACUGAUUUUGAACAUCGAAUGCCAAAGGAUCAGUGGUGGUUGAAUUUACUACUAAUGCUGAAGAUGUUGGCUAAUUAUCAGAUCAGCUUAACGGAGUAUGUUGCAGGGAAGAUUGAACAUGUCACACGCAGGACACUUAGCAUAGAGAAGGGAUUUUGAUAUGUGACGAUUUUCAAAUGAGUCUCGAAUAUAUCUUGCAACAAACAAAAAAAAAAAAGUGGAAGGCUUAUAGAAAGUAUUUUUCAUCCAUCAUUGUAUGUAAGACAAUUAUAUGAUUAGCCAACGUUCCAAUACCAGCAAAGUAUUUUCAUCCAAAAAUGAUUUAACCAUUUCACACCAUCAGAAAGUAAUUUAUAAGUGUAUGCUUGUUGAAAUUAAGUUGCUGGUGAACAGUUUGUGAUGCAACUCAUUUAGGGUAUAUAUUACUAGUACUUGGAUCAUUUUUUUUUUCUGAUUUUGUUUAAUUAUAUUCUAAAAUUAAAAAGGAAUUACGUGAUUAAAGUUAUUGUGAAUAAUCAUUUAUUUGAAAUGUCUUCAUAAUACUGUACCCAC